UUGCUCGAUACUUUUUUCUUUUCCUUUCUGUGUAUCUUUUACGAGAUUUUCAUUCGUGUUUGCUUAUUUUCUUCGCAUUCAGUGAUAAUCGAAUAGUGAUCGGAGUACAAAAAAAAAGCAUAUAACCUAAACGAACAUGUACCGUGAGAAUAGCGCAAGAAUAGCGGUGUUAUAAUCUCAUCAAAUUUCACACGUGUGCAAAUUCAUCUUCAACCUUGAACCGUUAUUCGUGCAAAGAAAUUGUCUUAACCUUUUUCUUUUUUGAAAGAAUUGGAAUUGAUCCGACACGCAAGAGCGAAAUAGUCUGUUGCAUCAAUCACGAAUCUGGGGCCCGUUCGUGUCGCGAAACGAGCCGCGAAAUUCAGUGACUCGCACGCUUACGAUAGAAAGAACGUGGUUCGUGCGAGUGUUAACACGCGAACGAUCGAUAACGAGAAUCGAUCGCGCAUCGUGACUCGAUCCGAUCGUUCGGUAGUGAGGCAAGUCGAUUGCAAUGGUGUUGCACGAAGUGAUGAUCUUCUGCGUGAUCGAAUUCGGAAGAAGUUCAACACCUCUGUGUUGCCCCCUGCUAUUCACUCAUACGUACAGAAGACUGAGGUGUAUUAUUCCGCACUCCAAACAACAUAUCGCUUAUCCACCAUAAGUGGAAGAAGGUGAUGGCCCGUACCACGCGCUCGCGACGAAAAAUGGCGAACACGACUGAUGCUCCCUCGCCCGCGAGCAGCCUUUUGUCGUCCACCACGACAACCCCGUUCACCGGCCCGACAUCGACAACCUACUCCACCGAGGGCUACACCUUCAAUUACACCGGCUUGCCCGGCCUAGGUGGCUACUCGUUCGAGGACUUGAAUUACACGGAACUGUGGGUGGACGCGUGGAACAGUACGGAGGCCAGUAACGCGACCGAGAGGUUAAAUACCACUGUAUUGUCAUCGGGAGGAGGCUACUGCGACGAAUGGGAGGCGGCGCAGCACAAACUCUUCCAGGCGGCGAAUCUGUUCUUCGCAGCGGCGUUCCUGGUGCCGCGCUCGUUCAAGGCUUCGGUACUGGCGCUUCGCACCUUUCUCACGGCCGGCUUCAUGUUGGCCGCCCUCUGGGCCGGGAUCACGAUAUGCGCGUUGGACGCGAUGCUCUGGUGCCUCGCCCUCGGCCUCCUCAACGGCAUCCACUCGCUCAUACUAGCCUGCCGAUUUCUACCGCCCGCGCUCAGCCCGGAGCUCGCCGAGCUCUAUCUCAAACUGUUCAAACCGUACAAGGUCAGCAAGAAACACUUCCAGGAGCUGGCCAAGGAGGCGAGGAUAUUGAAGCUGGACUCUGGUCAAACGUACGCGACGGAAGGCGUCACGCCUGCCGACGAACGGCUGUCGAUACUGUUGCGUGGCAAGCUGAAGGUGACCUGCGACGGGACGCACUUGCACUACAUCAAAGCUUAUCAGUUCGUGGACUCGCCGGAAUGGGAGGCCACGCACGUGAACAUCAACGACGUGUUCCAAGUGACGAUACGAGCCGAGGAAUCGAGCAUCUACAUCUGUUGGACCAGGAUCAAGUUGCUCAGGGUACUCAGGCAUAGGCCCCUGCUCAAGGUCGUCCUCAACACCCUCAUCGGUAAGGACAUUACGUCCAAGUUGUACGCCCUUAACGAGCAGCUCGCUGGUGUCGCCGCGACCAGUGAGACAACCACGUCGAAUCCUUACAGGGGUGUCGCGAGAAGUCUUAGCGUCGACGCUGUAAACACCGAAACUGCCGGAAGAGUACGAUCGACGACGUGGAAGGCACAGAGGAGGCACAGCAAUCCGCGUAGCGACAGGAGCUCCCCGUCGCGGUACUCGCACCAGUACUGGGCGCCCGUCGUGGCCAAUCACUUCCCGCCGACUUCGCCGUUCACCCAGGGCCAGAACCUCGGCUACACGUUACUGCCGCAAGGUGUACAGUUCUCGCCACCGCCGCGGGCACCCUUGUUCUCGCACCAGCCGUUGACGAGGCAGCGCAGCGGAGGGGCGAGCGGCGACUACACCCUGCUACCUCAGACGCCCAAGCUCGAGAGGAAGCGGUCGAGAAAGGGGACGAGAGAGGUAACGUUCGAGACGCCCGUAUGACGGUCGCUCGACGGGGAGGGCCCUGCGAGCGUACCUCUUCUUUCGCUAUCGCCGCAGCGUUCCGCCUAGCCCCGUCGAGAUCUCUCGCCACGGUUGUUGUUCGUCCUCGAAGGUACGUCGCCGCGUCGACCGGAUCGUAGCGAGUCUAACGGCCUAUCGCAAGCUUCGGUGUCGCUCGCGCGAUCGUGUCGCAUCCACGGACGGACACGGACGGACUACGAGCGCAGUUUCUCCAACUGUGCGCCUGUGUGCGUGUGUGCGCGCGUGUGUGUCCACGUGUCUUGCAUAACGCGUGCGUCUGUUUACCUGUGCGUGUAUGCGUGUGUGCGUGUGUGUGUGCGCGCGCGCGUCGAUGCUCUGCGAACUCCGUGAUUAAUAAUAAGCCGAGCAGCGGAAUAUUUCGUAGCUCGAAAUGGACGAAGAAAAAGAUCAGACCAUGUUCAUAUCCCGCAAGUGCUACUACGCCUUACACGUAAUAACUGAUAAUGUUACACGCAGAGAGCCACGUGCACCUACAUAACUAAACCGAAAUCUUGAACCGUGUGUUCGCGAUCGAUGUGAAAGGAGCGCGCGUGUAUGGUGUUCGCCCCUGUCAUACCGGUCAUCUGUCCUUCUUCCUUUUCUUCUUCUUCUUCUUCUUCUUCUCCUUCUUUUUUUCCUUCUUCUUCUUCCUCCUCGUCGAAAUCUGGGAGAGGAAAGUGAGACGAGACUUUGGAAAGAGUUUGGAAGAACGAAAAGUCUCGGUUCCACUAGGAGGAAACUGGGACGAAGAGGAAAGUUAGGCGAGCAGGUGAUGACGAAGGAGAGGGGAGGGAAGAGGGAAGAGAGAAGUCUGUCGGUAAUUGGAAUCACGCGCUCGAUCGUUGGAACAUUGGAUCCUUCGAGUUUGAAGAGGAUGGAUGAGAAAGUGGAGGUUCGUGUUUUAUAUUCGAAGAGAAAGCCGACGAAACGGUUGUCCUCCAACCCCUAUUAGAGAGAUGCUUUGUCUCUCCCUCGUUUUCCGUUUCGCGUUCGUUUACACACGAGUGAUCUCCGAUCGGUUCCCGAUCCAUCGUCGUAAUAAAAAAGAAAAAAAAGAGAAGGAAGAGGGGGAGAAGGAGGAGGAUAGCCCGAGGGAAAUUUGCUAAUUAUCGGUGGAAUAGGAACGCGAGA